AUGACCGGCGUAGCGGUAGACAUAUUUAUUGGAGCAAUUCCUCUCUUUGGAAGCUAUCCUUUUGCAUUGGGCUACCUGUUGCUACCAAAAUCCACUCCAGCACUAUGGCGCCACAUAUACACAAUAGUUGCAGCCUUCUUCCUAGUCGUAUUGGUCUUUGAACAAAUCACAUUCAUCAAAAUGAUUUCCAUGAGCUUGUUGACGUACCAGAUAUUGAAUUUCUACAAGAGCACCAGUGGCGUUAUGCCAAUUCAUGUGCCCAUCGUGAUAUUCUUCGGGAAUAUGGGGUAUUUGAGCUGGAACUUAUUGUCUUCUCAAAUCCUGCAUUCUGAGACAACGACGUUUGAUCAGACUAUACCGUUAAUGGUAUUGACCAUCAAACUCACUUCGUUUGGAUGGGCUGUGUAUGAUGGAACUCGACCUGAGGAGAGUCUGUCUGCAGAACAAACGAAAUUUGUCAUUAAAGAACUGCCAGACCUGUUAGAAUACAUGGGCUACCUCUUCUUUUUCCCGAGUUUCAUGGUUGGACCUGCUAUUGAAUUGCGGGAUUAUCAGGCGUUUAUUCAUGGAUUGGCACCGUUUGACAAACGACCAAGCACCCUUGUGCCGACUCUUAAAAAAUUGGGUGUUUGUAUAGUGUAUAUGGUUGUGUAUCUUACGUGCUUGUCGAGGGUACCGAUAUCGUUCACCAAGACACCCGAGUUUGCUGCCAAUUGGCUGCCUGUAAAGUUUGCUUACGUAUUCGUAGCUGGAUUUGUCCAGAGAUUUAAAUAUUAUACAGCUUGGUCUCUCACCGAUGGAUCUAGCACACUAGUAGGAUUCGGAUACUCUGGCUUCAACCCCAAAACAAACAAACACGAAUGGCUCCGCGCCAGAAACGUAGACGUAUACGGCCUCGAACUAGCCGAAAACAUGCGAGGACUGUUAGAAUCCUGGAAUAUGAAAACCGCAAACUGGCUACGCUCCAGUGUAUACCUGCGUCUCAUGUCCUUUGGCAAAGAAUACGCCUUCCUAGCCACAUUUGCCACAUUCAUCACAUCUAGUUUUUGGCACGGCUUUCAUCCAGGCUACUACCUGACCUUUGCGAGUGGAUCGCUUGUGACCAUGGUAGCGAGACUAUCUCGAAGACAUUUACGGCCGCUGUUUAUGUCACCGUCUAAAUGGAGUGUGUAUAAACCGAUAUAUGACUGGGUUGGAUGGUUUUGUACAGUCAUGGUGGUGGACUAUAUCGUGAUUCCAUUCAUACUGUUUAGACUGGAUGAUUCGAUAACGGCUUGGAAGGCACUGUACUUUAUACCGCAUGUAGGGAUGAUUGUGUUUGUAGCUGGGUUUGAGUGGUUGGCGUGGGGCAAGUAUUGUAAACAGCUGGGGAAGAGUCUUGGUGUGGAAGAGGGUGUAGGUAGAGAUGGACCUUUGGUGAAGAAACUGUCUGAAUCUCAUGCGCAUAAGCAUGGAAGUGUAAAUGGCAUUGUGGCUGCAAACGGACUCAAGAAGGUGAAAUAG